CUUUUCUAUUCGAAUUAAUAUCAAUUCUCAGAUCUGCUCACCGAAUCGUAAUCUUCUGAAUAGCCAACAUGGGAGGAGGGUUCAGAGUACUGCAUUUGGUUAGACCAUUCCUUUCAUUUCUGCCCGAGGUUCAAAGUGCUGACAGGAAAAUUCCUUUCAGAGAAAAGGUCAUCUACACCGUCAUCUCCCUCUUCAUCUUUUUGGUGUGCAGUCAACUUCCACUUUAUGGAAUUCAUUCUACAACUGGUGCCGAUCCAUUCUAUUGGAUGCGUGUUAUCCUUGCAUCCAACCGUGGAACUGUUAUGGAACUUGGGAUUACCCCCAUUGUGACAUCCGGAUUGGUGAUGCAACUCUUGGCUGGUUCAAAGAUCAUUGAGGUUGACAACAGCGUUCGGGAGGAUCGCGCACUCUUAAAUGGGGCUCAAAAGUUGUUGGGCAUCCUGAUUGCUGUAGGUGAGGCAGUGGCAUAUGUACUGUCUGGUAUGUAUGGCAGUGUUGGUCAGCUUGGUGUUGGAAAUGCUAUUCUUAUUAUUAUUCAACUUUGCUUUGCCGGAAUCAUUGUCAUCUGCCUUGAUGAACUUCUCCAGAAGGGAUAUGGUUUGGGUUCUGGGAUCUCCCUUUUCAUAGCUACCAAUAUCUGUGAAAACAUUAUUUGGAAAGCUUUUAGCCCUACAACAAUUAACAGCGGCCGUGGGGCUGAAUUUGAGGGUGCUGUCAUUGCUAUGUUCCAUCUAUUAAUAACUAGGACAGACAAAGUUCGAGCACUUCGCGAGGCUUUCUACCGGCAGAAUCUUCCAAAUGUUACAAAUCUACUUGCUACGGUAUUGAUCUUCCUUAUUGUCAUCUACUUCCAAGGUUUCCGUGUUGUUUUGCCCGUACGAUCCAAGAAUGCUCGUGGACAACAAGGAUCAUAUCCCAUUAAGCUAUUCUACACCUCCAACAUGCCUAUCAUCCUUCAAUCCGCACUUGUUUCAAACCUAUAUUUCAUCUCCCAGUUGCUGUACAGGAAGUACAGUGGUAACUUCUUUGUGAAUCUUUUGGGCAAGUGGAAAGAAUCCGAAUAUUCAGGUGGUCAGUUUAUUCCCGUUGGUGGUCUAGCAUACUAUGUUACUGCCCCUGCAAGCUUGGCGGACAUGGCAGCAAAUCCCUUCCAUGCUCUGUUUUAUCUGGUGUUCAUGCUUUCAGCUUGUGCCUUAUUUUCGAAAACUUGGAUCGAAGUUUCCGGUUCUUCAGCCAAGGACGUCGCUAAGCAACUCAAGGAACAACAAAUGGUGAUGCCGGGGCAUAGAGACUCAAACUUGCAGAAAGAACUGAACCGCUACAUUCCAACCGCAGCUGCGUUCGGUGGAAUGUGCAUCGGUGCAUUAACCGUCCUAGCCGAUUUCAUGGGAGCAAUCGGUUCUGGGACUGGAAUCUUGCUUGCCGUAACAAUAAUAUAUCAGUACUUUGAGACUUUCGAGAAGGAGAGAGCCAGCGAACUGGGCUUCUUCGGCCUCUAAACUCCAAAGUCCGAUUUAGGUGGAGAAGCCUUGUUCAAAAUUUUGAGUUAUUAAGUUGAAAUGAAUGGUAGGGUAGGUUCCACCUUUUGUUAAAACAAUCCCCCCGGUUAGAACAAAUUGAGGUCUCAACUGUAAUGUGGUGUCGUUUUAGCCCUUUAAUUAUGAUCUUUGUUUUUUAACC